AUGUCUGCAAGCGUCGUUCUCGUCACUGGCGCCAACCGUGGCAUCGGCUACGAAAUCGUCAAAGCCCUCGUCGAAUCCCCCAUCCCCUACCACGUCUUCCUCGGCUCCCGCGACGUCACCAAAGGCAAAACCGCCGCAGCCAAGCUACACCCUAACAACGGCAGCUCCGUCUCCGUCCUCCCCCUCGACGUCUCCUCAUCCUCGUCCAUCGCCAAUGCCGCCGCGACGGUCAAGGCAGAGGCCGGCCGCUUGGAUAUCCUCGUCAACAACGCCGGCAUCGUCGACGAAAGCCCCGAUUCGCUGACUCGACUUCGAAACACGCUCGAGAUCAACACCGUUGCGCCCUUUGCCGUAACCGAGGCGUUCAAGCCUCUCUUGACGGUUCAACCAGAGGGCGAGGUCAAGGAGAAGCGCAUUGUCUAUGUGUCAAGCGGCUUGGGCUCCAUCGGCGCCAGGUUGGACCCCAAAAACCCGUAUUACGGCUUCAGUGGUGUCGAGUACCGCAUGAGCAAGACGGCUCUCAAUAUGCUGGCCGCUUGCGAUGCUUUCGAAUUAAAGGACCACGGUGUCAAGGUUUUUGCCUUUGACCCCGAGUUUGUGGCUACAGGGCUGACGGGCACGCCCGAAGAGCGUCGUAAACAAGGUGCGCUUGAGCCGAGUGUGAGUGGCGAGAGCUGUCGAGAUAUCAUUCAGGGGAAGAGAGAUGCCGAUACUAGCAAGUUUGUUAGCAUCAAUGGCGCAGAAUGGCCAUGGUAA